CGUCCUUACAAGUGUCCCAUGUGCCCCAAAUCAUUCUACCGUCUUGAGCACCAAACCCGCCACAUCCGCACCCAUACUGGCGAAAAGCCCCAUUCUUGUACUUUCCCAGGCUGUGAGAAGCGAUUCUCUCGGUCGGAUGAAUUGACUCGCCAUGUUCGCAUCCAUGCUGCCCCCCACCGCAAGCGUGACCGCAAA